ACCAGAACCUUAAUCUGGCGCCUUAGACCAACUCGGCCAUCUCAACUUGUUGUUUGGUCUUACCGAAAAACAUUAUUAUACAGUGAUAACAAUGUAAAACAAAAGUAAAAGAUGUAGUUAUCGCAUCUCAGAAGGAGAAAGAGAAAGGAAAAGAUAGGUAUGAAGAACCUGAGCUUGAACCUGAUUCCGUGUCUACCGGACGACGUUGCUGUGAACUGUCUCGUACGUGUUCCACGCUCUCAACACACAACCCUCUCUCUUGUUUCGAAAUCAUUCCGUUCUCUCCUCUCUUCUCCACUCUUCUUCACCGCUCGCUCUCUCCUUCAUUCCACCCAACACAUCCUCUACCUCUCUAUUCGUACACGCGCCUCCACUCUCCAAUGGUUCACGCUCCACAACAACCACCACCUCAUUCCUCUUCCUCCUCUCCCUUCCCCUGCGAUCGGCUCUGCCUACGCAGUCAUUGGACAUGCAAUCUAUGUCAUCGGCGGUUCAAUCAAUGAUAUCCCCUCCCGUCAUGUAUGGAUCCUCGAUUGCCGAUUCCACCGUUGGCAUCCCGGUCCUUCCAUGCGCGUCUCACGUGAGUUUGCCGCUGCUGGCGUCGUUGACGGCAAGAUUUACGUCAUCGGCGGUUGCGUUCCUGAUAAUUGGUCUAGGUCAGCUAAUUGGGCGGAGGUAUUUAGUCCUGCUACCAACAGCUGGGAAGGCAUUCCCAGCCCGCCGGAGAUUCGCGAGAAGUGGAUGCACGCCAGUGCAGUUGUAGACGGUAAGAUUUACGCCAUGGCUGACCGCGGUGGUGUUUCCCUUGAUCCUUGUAGCAGCGCGUGGGAGAGUGUGGAGAGUGAACUUGACCUAGGGUGGCGUGGAAGAGCUUGCGUUGUUAAUGGGAUUCUGUAUUGCUACAAUUACUUGGGGAAAAUCAAAGGUUUCGACGUGAAAGAAAGGUUGUGGAAGGAGUUGAACGGUGUGGAAAAGGGUUUGCCGAGGUUUCUUUGUGGGGCAACAAUGGCUGAUGUUGGUGGAAAAUUGGUUGUGGUUUGGGAGUGCCAAGGGAAUGCGACUGAAAAGGGGAAAGAAAUGGAGAUUUGGUGCGCUGAGAUUGAUGUGAACAAGAACAGAGAUGGGGAAUUGUGGGGUGAAGUUUGUUGGUUGAACAAUGUUCUCUCUGUUCCAAAAGGAUCCUCCAUUGUUCAUUGUUCUUCGGUUGCCUUGUGAUUAUUGUGCCUCACCAGGUCACCAGUUUCUACCAUUACAUGUCCUGCAGGAUCAAGAUCCUCAAACACCUGGUGGUAACACUAAAUUUCUUUUUCUUGGUCUUGCAAAUUCUUUCUAGUUUGAUCGGAUGUCAUUUAUUGCUCCCCUGGUGUAUGGAUAAACAGGAGCUGUAAUGUUUGUAUGUACAGUUUUGCACUUGCAUAGUUAUGUGUUCCCGAUAUUUGCAUUGUGUAUCCUUGCCAAUCUGGCAAUCCAUAUGUUGCACAUAGUUAGUAAAUGGCGAGGUUUAACUAAUUCCCACAACGUGGGAAAUGUGAGCUUAUGAGUUAUCUAUCAAAACUGCUGGUGUGUGUUCAGUUGCAAGUUAUGCACAUGACUUAUAUAUUUGUUUCA